AUGUCCUCUCGACCUCUCGCACUUCGUACACUCACAGCCCUCGACAGUCAUCUACUGCAAUUCUACAGAACAGACGCCUACCGUACCGUUGUAUCCUGCGACGAUGCCAUCAUCCAGAACCUACACAAAGAGACCAUACCCCAACUAAGCAUUUCUAACCCAUUUCUCUUAUACGCCCUACUCGGUAUGACAGCAACCUACAGCAACAACGUCACGCCCAAUAAGACGGUCGAAAAACAAGCCCUACUCUACCGUCAAAAGACCUUUUCCACCUACAAAGAAGCCCUCAAGAACAUCACAGCCGAGAAUUACGAAGCCGUCCUCGUAACAGGCGGUCUUCUCCUCGCGCUCGUCCCCGGGCCAGCCACCGACACAGACGAAGAUCACCUCGAAUGGGUGUUCGGCCUCCUCAAACUAAGCGAAGGCCUGCGUAUCCUCGCCUCCCUCCGCUGGGCCCAAGGCAUCGAGAAACUUUCCGUGUACCCGUUAGUACGCCGGGAAAUCAAGACGCUACCACCCCCACCCAUCAUCGACGUCGCAGCCAUCGAAGCGCCCAUCGGUCCUCUGGGAACCACGCCUGAUAACCCCAAUCCAGCACCGACAUACACGCCCAUCCACUUCCCCACGCAGAACCGCCUCUUUCUUCCACCGCCUUUAAUGCAACUCCUCCAAAGCGUUAUCCGUGGAAAAGAGUCAGGAACGCUAGACUGGCACCGACCAACCCUUCUCCCCGUCUUCCACGCUCUAUCCCCCAUCUUCCUAUCUCUGUAUUACUACGGGCUAGACUCUGACUUCUACGUCCGCAUCUUCGUCUGGACAUCCUUCCUUAUGCCAGACUACCUCCAGUUGAUGCGGGACAAGGAACCAAGGGCUCUGGUUCUGUUCGGGUGGUGGUUGGCGCUGGCGAAUCUAGCGCCGAAGGGGUGGUGGACGGGGAAGCGGGUUCGUAAGACUAUUGGGGCGAUGGUGCGGGCGAUUCAAGCGCAGCCUGUGGGGGAUGAUGGGUUUGCAGAGCGGGUUCUGAGGAGUGCGUUGAGGAUUGUUGAUGUUGUGGAUAGGGAGGGGAAGGAGGCGGCGGCUAAGGCGGUGUUUGAUGGCUGGCCUGGCGUAAACUGGGAGGAGGGGCCGGUUAAGGCUCAGGCGUGGGAGUAUGGCCAGUUGGUGGAUCUUGGGGAGUUGGAUGGCGGUUUGAAUAUGGACUCUGUUGUGGGUAUUGAUCUACAGGAGCUUGGUGUAUCGGUUUGA